AGUGGUAUGUGUCCAAUACAUUAUUUUGAGAAUAGUCGUAUGCGGUAUUAUUUUUUGCCAAAUUAAUACGGCAUGAUGAUUGGACCGUUUUAGUAUUACAAACACUUGCCUCAAUCAACCAAAUAACUAUAACGAAGCUCUCUUCACGUAUUCGGUUCACAUUAAUUAUAUAUGAUUAAUCACUGUUUAAGUUUUAAUUUAAUAGAAAAUUUGGCAUAAAUUCAAUUAUGAUGAGAGAUAUUGGGUGCAAUGCAGAAGUUGUUGUUGAUCAAAGUACUUUGAUUUUUGCUCUACAUAAAUGACAUGUUUUUAUUUAUUUAUUGAUGUUUAUAUUUUAUUUUAUUGUUCUACUUAUGCCCAUAAAACCUAAUUAAGGUAAAUUAUGAAUUUGUAAAAGCGGUAAGUUAUUGAUUUGGGGGGAAACUUCAUACCUUAAUUUAAAUUAUCAAGUUAGCCAUAUCUCUCUCUCUCUCUCUCUCUCUCUCUCUACAUAUAUAUAUAGGGUAGUGUGUGACAACCAAAAACCCAAGCCCCUACCUCUCAUAUCACAUGCAUGUUGAGCCAAGCAAGCCUUGUUGCUAAGUCUAUGCAAUUUCUUUCUCUGCCCUACCAAAUAUUUUUCAUAAACUCCAACUGCUAGCUACACUUACUUACUGUCCCUUCCAAUUUGAUUCUUCUCUCUAAAUCCAUGGAGACCAUGAACAACUCAAAGCAACAUGCAGCGCUUCUCUGCAGCCCAGGCUUGGGCCAUCUCAUUCCCAUCCUUGAGCUCGCAAAACAACUUGUCGCACACCAAAACUUCACCGUCACAAUCUUCGUCGUCUCUUCCCAAACUUCCCAUGCAGAAUCUCAACUCCUCAACAGUACACCUACAAACCCACAACUCUGGCACGCCGUCCAGCUCCCGUCACCUGACAUUUCCGGCCUUGUGAUUCCCGACGACGCUGUCGUUACCAUCCUUGCCAUGAUGAUGCGAGAAGUACGACAUGCGUUUCGGUCAGCCUUGCUUGGCAUGGAGGUUUGUCCCACCAUGCUUAUCGUGGACCUCUUCGGCACUGAAUCUCUGCCCAUUGCCGAAGAGUUGGGGAUUUCCAAGUUCGUUUAUGUGCCUUCUAAUGCAUGGUUUCUUUCUCUCAUGGUGUAUUGUCCGGUUCUGGAUGUUGAAGUCAAAGGAGACUUUGUCCACCAAAAAGAACCAAUCCAAAUCCCGGGUUGUAGGUCAAUACUUCCACAACUCGAUCUCGAUGACACUUUGUCGGUCCGGGCCCACAGGGAGUACUUGGAUUUUGUAGAAAUUAUUUCAAGGGGGGUUUCUAAAGGGGAUGCGAUUUUGGUGAACAUAUGGGAGGAUUUAGAGCCCAAGACUCUUGCAGCCCUAAGAGAUGAGAAAUUGUUGGGCCGGUACACAAAGGUUCCGGUCUAUCCUAUUGGGCCGCUGAUUAGGCCCACUGAAUCAUCUGGUUCGAGGGGGAAGGUGUUUGAUUGGUUAGACAAGCAGCCCAAUGAGUCUGUGAUUUAUCUGUCGCUUGGUAGCGGCGGGACUUUGUCGUACGAGCAAAUGACCGAAAUGGCUUGGGGUUUAGAGCUUAGCAAACAGAGGUUUGUCUGGGUGAUACGUAAGCCCACCCGAACGGCAGAUGGGGCCUUUUUCACGGGUGGAAAUGGCAGUGGUGGUGACGAGGACAGCCCAUCAAAGUACUUGCCCAAGGGGUUCUUGGACCGCACCAAGGACGUUGGGUUCGUCAUCCCUUUGUGGGCUCCACAAGUGGACAUCUUGGCCCAUCCAUCGGUUGGAGGGUUUUUGUCCCAUUGUGGGUGGAAUUCGACCCUAGAGAGCAUCACCAAUGGGGUGCCGAUGAUUGCUUGGCCGCUCUAUGCGGAGCAGAGGAUGAACUCCACGAUGCUGACAGAGGAGUUUGGCGUGGCAAUUCGGUCAAAAAUACCACCAUGGAAGAAAGUUGUGGAGAGAGAGGAGAUAGAAGAAAUGGUGAGAAAGAUCAUGGAGGAGAAGGAAGGUAUUGCAAUGAGAGAGAGAGUGAGGAAGCUAAAAACAAGUAGUGCAAAAGCUUUGGAGAAAGGGGGUUCAUCUUAUAAUGCUCUUUCUCAAUUCGCAAAGCACGGAGAGUUAAGGUGCAUGAAAUUUGCCAACGGGGGAAAGUGAUGGAUCCAUGAACACAUGCGUGCACGUUUCCGCGACCGCUUGAUCAAGAAGAUGUUUGUUCCGUUGUUAUGUGUAGUGAUUUGUUUAUGGAAUUGUUUUAGCAACUAGUGUUGACUUAAUGUUUCAAUAAUGAAGUUGUGUACGUGUAUUAUAUAUUAUUAUUAAUAUUUACUUGCAUGGAUGUUACUCUUGUUUCCUCAA